CACUGAUUAGUUAUGUCAUCAAGUUGUCAAACAAAUUCUAACCUAUAUUAUUGUAAAGUCUAUUCUUUAUUAUAAUUGUAAAAUAAAUAAAUAUUGAGUUUUAAGUUAAUUAUUUCAAUGAUAAGUACUUUAAAUUUUAGGAUUUAAGGGUUUAAUCGACUUCAAUAAUCAUGAUUCAUUCCUUAUUUAUAAUCAAUUCAUCUGGAGAUGUGUUCAUGGAGAAGCACUGGAAAAGUGUGAUCUCCCGAUCGGUGUGUGACUACUUUUUCGACGAACAGAGGAAAGUUGGUUGUCCAGAAGACAUGCCUCCAGUAAUUGCCACACCACAUCAUUAUCUCAUCAGCAUCCACCGGUGCUCCAUGUUCUUUGUGGCCGUUUGCAUGACAGAAGUGCCACCUCUCUUCGUCAUCGAAUUCCUCCAUAGGGUUGUCGACACUUUCGACGACUAUUUCAGUGAAUGUACAGAGUCCAUAAUCAAGGAAAACUAUGUAGUUGUCUACGAACUGUUGGACGAAAUGCUCGAUAACGGAUUUCCGCUCGCCACCGAAUCGAAUAUUCUGAAAGAGUUGAUAAAGCCACCGAAUAUUCUGAGAACAAUUGCGAACACGGUGACUGGCAAAUCGAACGUGAGCGCUACGUUGCCCAGUGGCCAUGUCAAGUACACCAACAACGAAGCCUACUUCGAUGUGGUCGAGGAAGUCGAUGCAAUCAUUGACAAAUCGGGGUCGACGAUUUUCGCCGAAAUCCAAGGAUACAUCGAUUGUUGCAUCAAGUUGAGUGGCAUGCCCGACUUGACACUGUCGUUCAUGAAUCCAAGACUAUUCGACGAUGUCAGUUUCCAUCCGUGUGUGAGAUUCAAGCGAUGGGAGUCGGAGAGGAUUUUGUCGUUCAUUCCUCCCGAUGGAAACCUGCGGUUGAUGUCCUAUCACAUUGGAUCUCAGAGUGUGGUGGCUAUUCCAAUCUACAUCCGACAUGCUGUCAGCUUGCGAGAGGGAAGGCUCGAUAUAACUGUUGGGCCCAAGCAGACGGUUGGACGCACUGUGGAAAAUGUGGUGCUCGAAAUACCGAUGCCUAAAUGCGUAUUGAACUGCGUUCUGACACCCACACAGGGAAAGUAUUCCUUCGAUCCAGUCAGUCGAGUUCUAGUCUGGGACGUGGGGAGGAUCGACAACACUCGCCUCCCCACCAUUCGUGGAUCUAUAACAUUACAAAUGGGUGUCCAAGCAGCUGACUCUAAUCCAAAUAUAAAUGUGAAAUUCACCAUCAACCAAUUGGCAGUCUCUGGACUCAAAGUUAACAGACUGGACAUGUACGGUGAAAAGUAUAAACCCUUCAAAGGGGUUAAAUAUAUCACAAAAGCUGGAAAAUUCCAGAUUAGAAUGUGAAAAAACUUAUUAUAUUAUUAUAUGAUUUUGAAGAUUACUAUAUAUUAAAUUUAUUACGUUCAAGAAG